UGGUUGCCCUGCCCAGGAGAACGGAGCUGGAAAGCAGAAGAUUUGCGCUUCCAUGCUGGACCGUCUUCUAACCUUUUCUCAAGAUACCCGGCUAUUUUGCUGAGAAUCACCCGAAGGAAGGAUUUGGUUUUGUAGAAUCUUGCAACCCAUGGAGACCAAGUCCGAACUCCUACUUUUUCUACCCUUAUCCAUGUUCUUUUGGUUCCCAGGGAGUUUCACGCUGCUAGAAACAGACGGAGGCUGGCUGACAAGCAGGCACGCUGCAUUGUCGGACGACGGGAGCUGUACGGUGGAGAGAAGAGACUCCUCCCUAACUUAUGAGCAGUUUAUUCAACAGUAUGCCUUCUCCAGGCCGGUAAUUCUUCAGGGAUUAACUGACAAUACCGAAUUCCAGACUCAAUGCACCAAAGAUCACCUGCUGGCCAGGUUUGGAGAACACCUGGUUCGUCUCAGUACCGCCAACACCUACUCUUACCGCAAAGUUGAUCUACCCUUCCAAGAUUAUGUGGAUCAUUUGCUGGAACCUCAGGAUAUGGCUUCCCUAGGAAGUGAAACCCUCUACUUCUUUGGAGACAAUAAUUUCACUGAAUGGGGGUCCCUCUUCAAGAAAUACAACCCACCACCAUUCAGGAUUCCAGGCACCACGGGAGCAUACAGUUUUGGGAUUGGAGGCUCUGGUUCCGGAGUGCCAUUUCAUUGGCACGGGCCUGGCUUUUCAGAGGUCAUCUUUGGGAGGAAGCACUGGUUCCUGUAUCCUCCAGAGAAAACACCAGCAUUCCACCCCAAUAGAACGACGCUGUCUUGGUUCCUGGAUACGUACCCUUCCUUGCCGCCCUGGGAAAAGCCGCUGGAGUGCACCAUCCAUCCAGGAGAGGCAGGUUGCUGUCUUUUCAAGACCAAAUGCAAACGCAUGGGGGACGCAAUAAAAGGGGCUUGGAGCUUGCACGCAUAUGCGUAA